UGCGUGACAGACUCGGCGCCCCCGUCCUCAGUUCCUCCCCCCACACUCUCCGCCUGGCAGGAAGAAGCGAUCAUGGCUGCUUCUGACGGGGACGAUUCUCUGUAUCCCAUCGCCGUCCUCAUCGAUGAGCUGCGGAAUGAGGACGUGCAGCUCCGUCUGAACAGUAUUAAGAAGCUCUCCACGAUUGCUUUGGCUUUGGGUGUAGAAAGGACCCGCAGUGAGCUUCUGCCAUUCCUGACAGAUACGAUCUAUGAUGAAGAUGAAGUGCUGCUGGCUUUGGCUGAACAAUUGGGGACCUUCACUACACUGGUUGGGGGACCAGAGUUUGUACACUGCUUACUGCCACCACUGGAGAGUUUGGCCACCGUUGAGGAGACUGUGGUGAGGGACAGAGCUGUGGAAUCCCUCCGAGCCAUUUCCCAUGAACAUUCUCCCGCCGACCUCGAGGCGCACUUUGUACCUCUGCUGAAGCGCUUGGCCAGCGGCGACUGGUUCACCUCACGCACUUCUGCUUGCGGUCUGUUCAGCGUGUGUUAUCCACGGGUCUCCAGCACCAUAAAAGCAGAACUUAGACAACAUUUCCGGAAUCUGUGCUCAGAUGACACCCCAAUGGUCAGGCGAGCAGCCGCCUCCAAAUUGGGGGAAUUUGCAAAAGUAUUGGAGCUGGAAUAUGUGAAAAGUGAAAUAAUCCCAAUGUUCUCCAACCUGGCAUCAGAUGAGCAGGAUUCUGUCCGCCUGUUGGCCGUGGAGGCCUGUGUGAAUAUCGCUCAGCUUCUACCUCAAGAAGAGCUCGAACCGCUGGUGAUGCCGACACUGAGACAAGCAGUUGAGGAUAAGUCCUGGCGUGUUCGGUACAUGGUGGCGGACAAAUUCACAGAGCUCCAGAAAGCAGUUGGCCCAGAAAUCACGAAGACGGACUUGGUUCCGGCUUUCCAGAAUCUGAUGAAGGACUGUGAGGCCGAGGUGCGAGCUGCGGCUUCCCACAAAGUUAAAGAAUUAUGCGAGAACUUGUCAGCCGACUGUCGGGAGAAUAUCAUCAUGACUCAGAUCCUCCCAUGUGUCAAGGAAUUGGUUUCAGACGCCAACCAGCACGUGAAGUCCGCCCUGGCAUCCGUCAUCAUGGGUCUGUCCCCCAUCCUGGGGAAGGAAAAUACUAUAGAACAUCUUCUUCCUCUUUUCUUGGCCCAGCUGAAGGAUGAGUGUCCAGAGGUGAGACUCAACAUCAUCUCCAACCUGGACUGUGUAAACGAGGUCAUCGGCAUCCGCCAGCUUUCCCAGUCCCUUCUGCCAGCUAUCGUGGAGCUGGCUGAGGACGCCAAGUGGCGAGUGCGCCUGGCCAUCAUCGAGUAUAUGCCUCUCCUCGCAGGCCAGCUGGGUGUGGAGUUCUUUGAUGAGAAGCUGAACUCGUUAUGUAUGGCCUGGCUUGUGGAUCACGUAUAUGCCAUCAGAGAGGCAGCUACCAGCAACCUGAAGAAGUUGGUGGAAAAGUUUGGUAAAGAGUGGGCUCAGGCCACCAUCAUCCCCAAAGUGCUGGCAAUGUCCAACGACCCGAACUAUCUGCACCGAAUGACCACCUUGUUCUGUAUCAAUGUACUCUCUGAAGUUUGUGGACAGGACAUCACCACUAAGCACAUGUUGCCCACAGUAGUGCGGAUGGCAGGCGAUGCCGUGGCGAAUGUGCGAUUUAAUGUUGCCAAGUCUCUCCAGAAGAUCGGUCCCACACUGGACAACAGCACCCUACAGAAUGAUGUGAAACCAGUCCUGGAGAAAUUAACGCAAGACCAAGAUGUAGAUGUGAAAUACUUUGCACAGGAAGCCCUCACAGUGCUGGCUUUAGCGUGAGGAUAAUCCUUCUAGAGAUGCCGGGGUUGACACUCCAUCACAAGGCCGACUCUCUCUUGCACGACUCCUGUUCUGCAUUUGUCCUCAUGGCUCCGCACUGUAACCCACCCUUAGUCCGAUCCUUCUCAGUGAUGUCGUUUUUACCUCCCGGAUCUCUUGCUCUGCUUCCAUAGUCCCGAACUCUACUCACAAUAAAUUUUUAGCGGCUGUGGCUUUCAAACCCUCUCCUGCAGCUUUCCUGUCCUAAGGGACGCCGAAAGGGGAUCAUUUGUUCAUAUGGGUGCUUUGUUUUUAACGCAAGUUCUAAUGCGAGUAUAUGGGAGGGAAAAUGGCAGCUUUUUUGGGUGAAAUAUCGCUUUCAGAUCUGUGCAUUUAUUCCUGAAAAGUGCUGUAAGUGUUACAUUGUACAAAUAAAUAAAGGUUCUACAAACUUUUGUCAGUCCACUUGGUGUUGGUUCCCUUCUUAUAGCUUUAUACCCUAUGAAGCGGCCAGUAAAGGCUUAGAUUUGUGUCGUCUGUUAACUUGACUAUGACUUCUCUGUCAGAUUAGCAACAGGAUCUGAGGACUUUAUUAUGUUUUAAGGACUUAAGGGGUGUACUGUGGUUAACCAACCAGGCUCUGCUUGCAUUGUCUGUUUUCUCUUCUUGAAUAGUAACCCAUAACCUUUUAUUUCUACCCCAAUAACCUAUACGCUAGCUGGCAACUAGCUGCCCUUCUCUGACCUUUGCUCCCGGUGCUGCCUAACAACUGGCCUCCACUCUGUACUUGGCUGUGCAAACAAAACAUCUAGCUACACUCCAGUGACCUCAAAUGAAAGCAACUUUUAUUGUUCAGGACAAAAAAAACGCAGUCUGCCCAGAUCAUCUCCGCCCAACGCAUUUUGCCCAAAUAGGGGAAAGGUUGUAAAGAUGCUAACGUCUAGUAUUAAGCUUUUUUUAUGGAUGAAUGGCAUCAGAGCAGUGAAGGCCUAGGUAGACAUUCUGUGUGUCUGGAACAAUUCAUUUAAUGUCAUUGGAGUGCGGUUGGAUGUUUUUUUUUUUUGCAUAUACCGCGAAGUGCGGCCCAGCACCCUUGCUUAAAGAUGCUGACACAGGACCUGGGAGCUACGGUUCUAUUUUUUUUUUCUGCACUGUGUACUUGCCAGUCUAUAUGCUUUCUGCUUGCCAAGGCAGCUUCUUUCCUAGCAAACCCGAACCCCGACAUCAGCUGGACUGACAAAGGUUUGCCAAACCCUUGUGCAUAUUUAUUGGACGGCCUCUCUUCCUUCACUUACUGUAUUAAGAAUGAAGUACAGUCACGCUAUGCCUCUGUAACUUACUAAAUGCUUUCUUACUCAAGCCUCCAUCCUUUGGGUAGCGUAGAAUGUUGUACGUCUUAUAUAGCUCGCCGGGUUUGCCCGGAUGCCUUCUGGAGCCUGAAGAGGAGUGUAGGGUUAUAUAUAUCGCAGUUGCGCACUGUACUUAUAGAUGUCACAGACUGCAUGUGUACUAAAUGAAGUGUAACACAUUGUACUUCAUCUGCGCUGCCUUUGAUUGUAAAAUUGCAUAAAAAUACACCGACAUUUGAGCUAGUU